AUGCUUCAACGUACCAAGUAUAACCGCUUCAGGAAUGAUUCUGUGACAUCUGUUGAUGAUCUUAUUCACAAUUUGCCCAUGAACAGCAAGGUCUCAGCAGUUUCUACAACUUCAGCUUCACCUUCAUACCUGGUCUCACCAGAGCGUCUCCGCAAGAACCAAGAAGAUGGACCCACCACCCUGUGUACCCUCCUUCAUAAAGUGUCCCACUUGAAACUCUCUAGCACAGGCAGCCUUUUGGGUAUCAAAAACCUCUCCUCUGCAGUAAAGGAGCUUGCUGUCUCCAAAUUGCAGGGAAGCUCGAGUGCUUCUAGUUCAGCAGCAGGGGCUUCAGACAACACAUGUAACCUUGUCUCUGCCACUUCGUGUUCUCAGCAGGACGUGAGCAAGAUGAGUAUGGGGAAAAAAGCAUGGUCAGAGGAAAUGCACCUGGGAAGUGAAGAUUGGAAUCAAAGUAGCAGUUUUGUCAAUAAAUCCUCCCGAGGAUGGCUGCACUCAAGUGAGAAGAUCCUGGGACCUGGUGUGACGUACAUUGUGAAGUACUUGGGCUGUAUAGAAGUGUUACGGUCAAUGAGAUCUCUUGACUUCAGUACUAGAAUGCAGGUUGCAAGGGAAGCAAUCAGUCGUGUUUGUGAAGCCAUGCCUGGUGCCAAAAGAGCCUUCAAGAAACGAAAGCCACCAAGCAAAGUCCUUUCUAGCAUCUUGGGAAAGAGCAAUCUUCAGUUUGCAGGAAUGAGCAUAAUGUUGAAUAUCUCCACCAGCAGCUUAAAUCUAAUGAAUCCAGAUACCAAACAGAUCAUAGCAAAUCACCAUAUGCAAUCUAUCUCCUUUGCGUCUGGAGGUGAUCCGGAUACUUCAGACUAUAUUGCAUAUGUAGCUAAGGAUCCUGUUAAUCGUAGAGCUUGUCAUAUACUGGAAUGCUGUGAUGGCCUGGCCCAGGAUGUCAUCAGCACCAUAGGGCAAGCCUUUGAGCUUCGAUUUAAGCAGUAUUUGCAAUGCCCCUCUAAGACACCUACUUUCCCUGAUAGGAUGCAAAGUUUUGAGGACCCAUGGAUGGAGGAAGAUAAUGAGGCAACAGAGCAUCACUAUUACAACAACAUCCCAAAUAAAAUACCUCCCCCUGGCGGAUUCCUUGAUGCCAGGCUCAAAACAAAGCUUCCCAGUGCUGCAGACACAGCUCAGUCUGCAUCAGGAGUGGGAGGAGAGCAAAUUUAUUAUCAGAGCCAUCACUUAGGAGAAAAAUUCAGUGAAGAAUGGCAUCACGGACCAGUUAAACAAGGAUCUCUGGAUAUUUGUAGUAUGUCAGAAGAGAAAUCAGAAGUAGCACCACCAGCAGAGCUGCCAAUAUAUGUAAACACCCAGCACAUAAAUAGAGAAGAUCUAUUGACACUUCAGGCAGAUGCUGAAAGUACCUUCAGUGGAACAGCAGAGGAUGCUGAAGCAAGCAGCCCAGGAAAGGAUCUGUUUGACAUGAAACCAUUUGAAGAUGCUCUCAAGAAUCAAACAUCUGAGGCUAUGUUGAAGAAAUCCACCUCCACGGGAUGCACCAGUCCUCCUUUAUCCAAAGCAGCUGUCCAGACUGAGGCUGAAGAGCUGAGCACUGAGCCAUGGUAUCAAGGAGAGAUGAGCAGGAAAGAAGCAGAGCAGCUAUUAAAGAAAUGUGGAGAUUUCCUUGUGAGGAAGAGUACCACAAAUCCUGGCUCCUAUGUGCUGACAGGCAUGCACAAAGGACAAGCCAAGCAUCUUCUUUUGGUGGAUCCAGAAGGAACUGUUCGUACAAAAGAUCGUGUCUUUGACAGCAUAAGUCAUCUCAUCAACUAUCACCUUGAGAAUAAUUUGCCUAUAGUUUCUUCAGUGAGUGAACUCUGCCUGCAACAGCCUGCUGAAAGAAAACACUGA